AUGACGACAACUGGCAUCUUGGCAGGCUUCCUGCCAGCACUUAACAAGCAGAUCUCCGAAAGCGUCGUAGAAGUUACGGGAGAAGUGGAGAAUGCGCUUCACAAGCGGUUGGAUUCUACAGGCGAUAAAAAGAAGCAAGCGAAGCAACUGAAUGCCGUCGCAAAGGGCUCUGGAAAGUACAUGUCUAAGGUGCACCGGACAUUUGAAAGGAAUUUUGACAAAUUUGAGAUUUACGUGCAACGGAAUAUUGUGUCAGUGCCUGAGGCAUUAGCUGACGAGGUGACACGGAUUCGAGCAGAAAAGCAGAACUCGUUGGGGAAAAGCGAGACUGAAAAUACACAAGAAGACGGCAGUGCAGCGUUGCUGACAAAGGAGGAGAGCGAGGAACGACAGCUCGACUCUCAAUUAGAGGCGCUGCGUCUAAAAUUGCGGGAGUUGACAGCGACUAAUCAGCAAUUAGACAUGGAGAAACAAGUGCUAGAGCAACGCACACAGCAUUUCCAGGCUCUAGUAUCCCGAGUAGCAUUUCUUGACGACGUCCCUGAACGAACAAUUGUGCCGCUUAAACGCACAGCAGAGCAUAUAUCGGCUCUUCAUGAAGCAUUUGUACAAAUCGAGACCAUCAAGGCAGAGCUUGAAGAGGACACCCGACAAUACAGAAAAUCGAAGAUCGCAACACGCGGCAGCUUUCGAAAUUUGCACAGGCGGUUCACAGCACGAACAGCAGAGUUAACGUACAGGACUGUUGAAGAUCUAGAAGAGCUUCAUAACAAACUACUGAUCAUGUGA